AUGAGUCAAACAUUCCGAGUCGAGUUGUAUGUCUAUGAUCUUUCCAUGGGUCUUGCAGCAACAUUUUCUCAACAAUUUACUGGUAAACAUUUUCCAGGUAUUUGGCAUACAAGUAUUGUCGUGUAUGGUAGCGAGUACUUCUUCGGAGGAGGUGUUCAAGUGAUGCAACCUCUUACUACUCCGUAUGGACAACCUGUGAGAAGAAUUCAUUUGGGUGAUACUCAAAUUCAAAAACCACUUUUUGAAGAAUAUGUUCAAGCUAUCGGAUCAGAGAGAUUUAGAAUGGAUCAAUAUAAUUUAUUUGAAAAUAAUUGUAAUAAUUUCUCCAAUGAAUGCUCAAACUUCCUUUUGGGCAAGAAUAUUCCAGAUGAUAUUUUAGGAUUGCCAAGAGAAUUCUUUGAAACACCUUUGGGACAAAUGGUUAGACCAAUGAUUGAUAACAUGAUGGGUGGUUCAUCCAGCCCUCAACAACAACAAGGAGGUUUACCUGGUGGUUUGGGAAAUAUGGGAAAUAUGGGCAAUAUGAUGGAUCCACAAUUUUUAUCUCAAAUGAUGAAUAAUCCAAUGGUGUCACAAAUGAUGAAUCAAUUCAUGGGAGGAAUGAAUACUGGAAAUUAUAAUCCUUAUGGUGGUUCUAAUUCUACUCCACAAGCAACUCCACCACCUAUUGAUACCUAUAAUGAUCCAGCUGAAAUUUACAAAUAUAACAAAUCCAAUGUGCCACAAGUUGUUGCCAAGUUAAAGACAACACAGGCCAGUCUUUUGGAUGAAUUGAAGGGAGAUAUUAGAGUUUUGAACCAAUUGGAACAAUACUUGCAAUUACCACAACAAGAUGAUACCAAGAGCACACUUGUAAAUAAUGAAACAUUUGAAUUGUUGAAGAAAUUAAUUGGAGGAGCUAAGGAAAAUGAAGUCUUCCCAAUUUUGGAUUUGGUCAGAUUGUUGGUAUUGACAAGCAAGUUUUCCAAGGCCAUUACUAUUGGUGAACACAAGGCAUUGAUGGAUAUUAUUGAGGAGAGAUUUGUUUCUAAAUGGUCUUCCUGUUCAAUGCCAACCCAAUUGAUGGUUCUCAGAUUGUAUUGUAACAUUUUUGACAAGUACUAUAGUGCACAAUCAUUAACACCAGACACUGUAAAAUAUAUUACCAAGGAUUCAACAAGAUUAGCCAAAGUUGUUGAUAUCAUUUCGACAUCGUUGGGCUCAGAAUUGGAAGGUGUCAGAUUAACUGCUGCCAGUUUAUCAUGCAAUCUCACUCUCUAUUUAUCUCACCAAAACUCAGAUGAAGAAAUUCAAUUACUCUCCUCCAUGUUGGAAUACAUUACAGCAGAGAAGAGUAAGGAUGUCGCCCACAAGAUGCUUCUGAGCAUGUACAGAAUUGCCAAAUCAUCAACAUCUGGCUCCUCUGAAAUUAAGGAAAUUGCCCAAGCUCUCAUCUCUGAUGCCAAGACAUUUACUUCUGGACCAGGUAUGCAAGCUCUGCAAUCCAGUGAUCCAAAAUUGAUUACAGAAGUCAAGAAACUCUUAGGUUUAUAAAUUGUACAGUUUUAACA